UUCAAUGACUUUCCAUUUUUAGUCUCUCUCUUGUCCUUUCCGUUGAAUUCUUUCUCAAAUUCCGCAGGGUACAAUUCUCCAGCAAUGGGCUUCUUAUCUCAAGAGAGUCAUGCUUCUUUUGUUGUCUCUGUCUUGUCUUUUCCUUUGAUUUCUUCCGAAAGUUGUUUAAGCUAAGGGUUUCAAGAUGAGAAGGUUGAGAGUUUUGGGAUGUGUUAUCGCGGCGUCAUAUUGCUGCCUUUUGCUUCUUGUGACAGCACAAGUUACAGAUCCUUCGGAAGUGAAAGCCUUGCGGGCUGUGAAGAGCAGGUUAAUUGAUCCCAACAAUUAUCUCAGAAACUGGCACAAGGGGGAUCCUUGUACAUCUAACUGGACUAAAGUUGUAUGUUCGAACAAAACUGGAAAUGAUGGAUACUUACAUGUUACAGAGCUCCAGCUGUUGGAUGUGAAUCUCUCAGGAAAUUUAGCACCUGAGCUUGGUCAACUGUAUCAUCUUUGGAUAAUAGAUUUCAUGUGGAAUGGACUAACGGGCACUAUACCCAAGGAGAUUGGAAAGCUUUCAUCCUUGACACUCUUGCUCUUGAAUGGAAACAAACUUUCAGGUUCUCUACCUGAUGAGCUCGGAUAUCUUUCAAAAUUAAACCGGCUUCAGGUUGACCAGAACCAAAUGUCAGGUCCAAUACCAAAAUCAUUUACUAACUUGGUCAGCGUUAAGCACCUUCACAUGAACAACAAUUCUUUCAGUGGUCAAAUUCCUUCGGAGCUUUCCAAGUUACCCAUUCUUCUUCACUUGCUUUUGGAUAAUAACAACUUGUCUGGGCAUCUUCCGCCAGAACUCUCCAACUUAACAGAGCUGCGCAUAUUUCAACUUGAUAACAACAACUUCAGUGAGUCUGACAUUCCAGCUACAUAUGGAAACUUUUACAGUUUAGCAAAAUUAAGUCUUAGAAAUUGCCGUUUGCAAGGAUUUGUUCCUGAUCUUAGCAAGAUAGCCAACCUUAGUUAUUUAGAUUUGAGCCGGAAUCAUCUUAUUGGACCUAUACCAUCACAAGAGCUUUCUGAUAGCAUGACAACUAUAGAUCUGUCAUAUAACAAUCUCAAUGGUUCUAUUCCCAGCACUUUCUUAGAUCUUCCUCAUCUCCAGAAACUCGAUCUUCGGAACAACUCAUUGUCAGACAGUUCAGGAGAUCUAGAUCCUGGUGCCAAUGUCAGUCUGAGGCUUGAAAACAAUCCCAUCUGCAAGAACGCAAGUCAACAAAACAUAGGCCAGUUUUGUACAUCUUCAGCUGAGAAGAACGAGAUCCCUGAGAAAUCAAAAGAUCCAACUGAAACAAGCUGUCCUAUUCAGUCAUGUCCAUUCGAUAACUUCUAUGAAUAUGUACCAACUUCCUCUGUACGAUGCUAUUGCGCAGCACCAAUAAGAAUUGGAUAUAGACUAAAGAGCCCAAGUUUUUCUUAUUUCCGUCCAUAUUAUAAUGAGUUUAAGGUAUACCUAACCAGGUCUCUCAAGUUGGAUGUUUCACAAUUAUCAAUUGAUUCCUUCUUCUGGGAAAGUGGGCCUCGUCUCCGGAUGUACUUGAAGCUUUUUCCUAUGUUCAAUUCUUCCCACUCAAAUACAUUUAACACAAGCGAGGUUCAGCGAAUAAGACGCAUAUUUAUAUCAUGGGAAUUUCCUCGCACCGACUUUUUUGGGCCAUAUGAGCUUCUUAACUUCACUCUCCUGGGGCCAUAUUCAGAUGUCAUAAUUACUAAUGCUGAAGGAUCAGGCAUUAGUAAAGGAAUUUUGGCAGCCAUAGUACUAGGAGCCAUUGCUUGUGUUUUUACCAUCUCUGCAAUAGUACUUCUUUUGAUCUCUAGACAUAAAUACCAGCAAGCACCAUCAAGGAGACGCCAAUCCUCGACAAUUUCUAUAAAGAUUGAUGGUGUGAAAGCAUUUAGUUUCAAAGAAAUGGCAACAGCUACUGGGAACUUUGAUAGCUCAACUCAAGUUGGCCGAGGAGGUUAUGGGAAGGUUUAUAAAGGCAUCUUAGGUGAUGACACAAUUGUGGCUAUAAAGCGUGCAGAAGAAGGAUCACUGCAGGGACAGAAAGAAUUCUUGACAGAGAUAGAACUGUUAUCAAGGGUACAUCACCGAAACCUCGUCUCAUUGAUUGGGUAUUGUGAUGAGGAAGAGGAGCAGAUGCUAGUUUACGAGUUCAUGCCUAAUGGGACAUUGAGGGACUGGCUUUCUGCUAAGGCCGAGAGAACCUUGAAUUUCAGUAUGAGGUUGAGUAUUGCACUGGGUUCAGCUAAAGGUAUUCUUUAUCUCCAUACUGAAGCAGAGCCUCCUAUAUUCCACCGAGAUAUCAAAGCCACCAACAUACUUCUGGAUUCCCACCUCACCGCUAAAGUGGCUGAUUUUGGACUGUCACGACUAGCACCGCUCCUGGAUGCUGAAGGAACUGUGCCUGAAUAUGUAUCUACAGUUGUGAAGGGAACACCAGGUUACCUGGAUCCAGAAUAUUUCUUGACCCGUAAGUUGACAGAUAAAAGUGAUGUCUAUAGCCUGGGAGUUGUAUUUCUGGAGCUAUUGACGGGUAUGCAUCCGAUAUCACAUGGCAAAAACAUUGUGCGCGAGGUGAUGACAGCAAAUCAUUCUGGGACGAUGUUCUCCGUUAUAGACAGCAGAAUGGGGUCCUAUCCAUCUGAAUGUCUGGAAAGGUUUGCUGCUUUGGCGCUUAGUUGUUGUGAUGAAAAAACAGAGAGGAGGCCGUCGAUGUUGGCUGUCGUGAGGGAGCUAGAAGACAUACUUAAGAUGAUGCCAGAAUCCGACACUGUUGUUUCAGAAUCAACUUCCACAUUUUCUGGCUUGUCCACUACACAAUCUUCAUCCUUUAUGGCGAGCAGCUCGCUCGUGUCCUCAUCUAUGUCAGGAAGUGAUCUUGUCAGCGGUGUCAUUCCAACCAUCACACCUCGCUGAGACUGAUUUCAAGGAGUUUCUCUGCGUUUUAUUCCUCAAAAGCGGUGAAUGUAGAUGUAGACGAUUUUGUAACAAGUGUAUGGUCAUUUUAGAAAGCAAUAGCAGUGAGAAAAGGACGGUUGUUUCUUCUUAGCUUAGCUGUGAAGCCAGGUAUAUCUCUGUAAAAAUGUUGCACGAUUCUUCUUCUACUUCUUCUAAUGCACGAUCUGGAAUACAAUUUGCACGAUCUAGAAUACAAUUCUUGAAUA